CCGUUUCUGUUUCUGUUUGUUUGUGUUUUCAUUUAUUUUAAAAACAGACUAACCGAAGAUGUCGGACGAGCUGCGGUCGGAGCUGCAGACAUAUCUGGACUCGUUAAACGUGCAGACGAGCUGCGUCGAGCACCCGCCGGUGUUCACGGUGGAGGAGAUGAUGCCUCACCUUCAGGACGUGGGCGGAGCCGUCACUAAAAACCUCUUCCUGAAGGACAAGAAGAAGAAAGGCCUGUGGCUGGUGUCGGCUCGCCACGACCGCCAGGUGAACCUCAACGACCUCGCCAAGAAGCUCGGCGUCGGCAGCGGCAACCUGCGCUUCGCGGACGAGGCGGCCAUGUUGGAGAAGCUCAAGGUGGGUCAGGGCUGCGCGACCGCCCUCGCUCUGCUCUUCGAUAAGGACCGCAGCGUGAGGUUCGUCCUGGACCGGGACCUGGUGGAGGGCGGCCACGAGAGGGUCUACUUCCACCCCAUGACCAACACCGCCACCAUGGGGCUGCGGCCGGACGACCUGCUGCGCUUCCUCAAGGAGACGGGACACGAACCCAUCCUGGAGAGCUUCGAGUAGGACGGGAGGAGGAACCUGGACCUGGACCUGGACCUGGACCUGGGUCGUUAGAACCGGACUGGACCCGGCUGCUGCAGUCGUGUCUCUUGUUGGAACAGAACACGAUGACGACCUGCGAAGGCUCGAGCCGAGAGACCUUUUCUGCUUCAAAGAUUUGAAAACUUUCAAAAAAGUAAAGAAUGUUAUAAUGAAACACAAAGACUUUUUAAAGUCUGAAUUAAGAAAACAAAUAGAAGAUGCAACAUGAAUUUAACAGAAAAGUGUUUUUUGUUUUUUUUACUGGUAUCAUUUGGUUCCAGACAGAAAUCAUUUGUUCCUAUAAAACCGUCAGUGAGGUGAAAUGUUUAAGAUCCAUUUAGAAAGAUUAUUAGAAAUCAGCCUCACCGUUGCUUAUUUAUUUAGAAGAACAAUUAAUUGAAAAUCUUUUUUUUUUCUGCAACAUCUCACUUUUUUUUUCAACAGUUUAUUUCUCUGUUACUUUGUAAAACUUUUGUUUCAGUACACAGAAGAUCAAUUUACUUUCAUCCCUGUGGAUCUUAAUUUUUUUUCCCCCUUUUUUUUUAAUUAACCCAUAAAGCUCACGUGACUUCAGCUGUGAGAGAAGAAAGACGAGGAAGUUGUCGACCGUGUUGUCGGUAACGAACACUGCAGCCACCAGGGGGCAGCAGCUCACGUUUACGAUGUUGCCUUUACACAAAAAAAGUCCAAAAAUAUAUUUUUCACAUCUUUUA